AUGGACACGGUCACUAACAACUCCAACACAAUGACCGAUGAGUUGUGGCGUGAUUGCGCAGCCUGGUUGACCCGCUGUAAUAUUAUUCCAAGCGAUCAUCGCGCAAACAAUUUGGAUUCAGACAUAAAAGUACUUGCAACCAUCCUCCGUGAUGGAGUUCUGCUAUGUAAUUUAGCUAAUCUUUUCGACCCAUCAUCAUUCGAUAGAAAAGAUUUCAACCGGAAGCCCCAGAUGGCUCACUUUCUUUGUAUACAAAAUAUCAAACUAUUUCUGGAAUCAUGCAAAACAAACUUCGGGAUGAGAGAAGCAGAUCUUUUUGAACCGACGAUGCUCUAUGAUUUAACCAACUUUCAUCGGGUACUUCUAACACUUUCAAAACUCUCCACCUGUAGAAAAGUGCAAACAUCUCACAACAUUCCAGGUUUCACCCCACAUUCUGUGCAAGCUGAUAGGACAAGCAUAGACGAUGAUAUCUACAAAGAUUUGCAUGCAAGCCAACAUUUGUUGGAACCUGAGUUAGGCAUUAAUAAGGAUGUAGUCUUAAUUAACGGUUCGCUUUCAUGCGUGAAACAAGUGACUCCUUUCUACGAUCAUUACAACGAAUUAACGAAUUUUCAAGACUGUUGCGGACGUGAGGAAGAAAAAAUUUAUGAAGAUCUGUGCUACGUAACAUUCUCGUCUACAUUGCCGCAGCUUGCUUCAUCAAGUAGUAAUUUGGAACAACGUGAUUUCGUUAUCAAAGAGCUUCUCGACACGGAAAAAAAUUAUCUGGAGGCAUUGAACGCACUGAAGUAUAUCUUCAUGCAACCUCUAGAGAAAUUACUUUCUAAAGAAGAACUACGUGCAAUUUUUCCUUGCAUUAAAGAGCUUGUGGAGAUUCAUAACAAGUUUCUUGAUCGAUUGCAUGAAGCUUUUUGUCCAGGCUCGAAAUUAAAACUCAGCACAACGUUCCUCGAAUUCAGAGAACCAUUUCUUAUUUAUGGAGAAUAUUGUUCUAGCAUGACGAAUGCUGUAGAAACGCUGCGAGAAGUAUGCAAAAAAUCAACCACAGUUGAACAAACCGUUUUGCAAAGUCAAAAAGAACAUAGUGAUGGAAGAUUGCAGCUACGUGAUAUUUUGUCAGUUCCAAUGCAACGAAUUUUAAAGUAUCAUUUAUUAUUAGAUAAACUUGUACAAGAAACGGUGCCAACACAUGACGAUUUUCGUGGACUUGAAAGAGCCAAAGAAGCGAUGGUAGACGUUGCGCAGUAUUCCAAUGAAGUAAAACGUGAUUCAGAACAUCUUAUAGUAAUACAAAAAGUAAAAGAAAGUAUCACAGAUUUAAAUCUUCCUAACGGUAAUAAUCUGGAACAGUAUGGUAGAUUACUCUUGGAUGGUGAUCUUAAUAUUAAAGCUCACGAAGAUCAAAAGAUGAAGCAUCGGUAUGCAUUUGUCUUUGAAAAAGUCAUGAUACUAGUGAAAAAUUCCAAUACCAAAAUUGGGGAGGCUCAAUAUUCUUUUCGAGAGGCUCAUAAUUUACUUGAAUACAGGAUAGAAAUUUUAAACUCGCGCCGCACUUUAGGUCGAGAUGGACGUUUGAAGUAUUCAUUGUUAUUAGCUCGCAAGACACAAGCAACAGCAUUCACACUCUACAUGAAAACGGAAGAAGAACGAGAAAAAUGGAAAAGAGCGUUUGAAACAGCCAUGGAGACAUUAGAACCCGUAGGAUGCAAGAAUACCGAUCAUAAAUUUACGAUUCACACUUUCGAUGCACCUGUCAUAUGCCGACAUUGUUCUAAGUUUUUGAAGGGAAAAAUACAUCAAGGCUACCGUUGUAAGGUCUGCGAAAUCAUCGUACAUAGAGGUUGCAUUUCAUCGACUGGUCGAUGUAAACAACUGCAGCAGACGCCUCCCCCAGUGUGUGAUCGAUUACUUUCAGAAUUCAAUUGGUUUGUCGGUACAAUGAAUCGGGACUCUGCUACGCAGCGGCUAGAGAACAAGAAGAUAGGAACCUAUCUCCUUCGAGUCCGUCCGCAAGGUGCCUCGCAUGAAAAUGAAACUAUAUACGCGCUAAGUCUGAAAACUGACAAAAAUAUUAUCAAACACAUGAAAAUUUAUCAAAAAAAAGAGUCGCAGAGCAUAUUUUACUUCCUUUCAACGAGGAGAUAUUUUAAAACUAUCAUUGAGCUCGUGUCAUUUUAUGAGCGGAAUGAUUUAGGCGAAAAUUUUGCUGGGUUAAAUCAACUUCUUCAAUGGCCUUUCAAAGAGGAGAUUGUUACAGCUAUAUACGAUUUUGCGCCAAAUGAGCUCAACCAGUUGCCGAUGCGUCAAGGAUGCCAAGUAAUUGUGAUCGGCAAAGAAGGCGAUAGUAAAGGCUGGUGGCGUGGAAAAACUUUGGAAAAGGUGGGAUUUUUCCCUAAGGAAUAUGUUCGACCCGCCGUUAUAGGGGAGACUUGAAUUGUCGAAACAAGUAAUUAGAACUUUCGUAAAUACGCUCGAAAAAGAAUAGAUUAACUAUUAAAUCUGUUACAUAAUCCACUCGAAUGUGGAACAUGUGUGUUUGUGUAUAUAUUUUUUUACGAAAAGCCAUGGAGUAUAUUGGUCAAUGUUAAUUAUAGAUUUCUCACAGUGACGAAUUGCUCGUUAUGUUUUUUGGCCAAUUUUAAAAGGAUUCGUGGAAGUAGUAUCAUAAAUUCAAAUUAAACAUUACAAAAACACAAAAGGUGUGCUAUGAAGACUAUAACUAUAAUAUGUUAUUCAUUGCGUAUGCAUGUUACCUUUUCUGUAUUUGAUAUGAAAAUAUGGUUUAUGCUUUAUGCGAAUCAUUCGUAAAUAUUGAAUUGUGAGUGAACCCUAAAGCAAAAUUUCGAGGUAGAACAUUGACUAUAUUUGUAACGUAUAGGAUGAAACUUACAGGAAAAAUAAA